AUGUGGGAAAAUGGCGUAGUCAAAUAUGAUAAGAUUUUAAAAACAAGUGUCUCUAGUUUGGACCUCAUUUUAAAUAUACAACCGUCUAUAGGAAGAUUAUAUUCAACAAAUUAUACUAAGGAUCGUAAACCUCAGAUAAUACAAUCGGAUCUUGAUGGAAAUAACGCUCGAAUCAUUCAGAAUAAUUUAUCUAUUAUAUGUCCCUCUUCACCCUCCUUACUCGAUAUGUCAAAUCUUGUUGACAUGAAAAUUAAUGACAUGAAUUCUAAGAAUACGCUAAUUUAUUGGCUAUGUAAUAGUCAUUUUUACGCUUUCGGUAAAUCUUUGCAAUCGUAUCCUCCGACGAGAUGUUUGAUACCUGACAAAAGAAUUUACAACGUAGAAAAACCGACGUACACAGUAACGACGAACAGCAUCAUCGUAAAUCUUCCGGAGCCGGUCCUUAAGAAUGGAUGCAAAAAGCACAACUUACCUACCACUCUAUAUACCAUCUACAUAAACUAUUGUUUGAACAAUAAACUUAACAAGUUCGAUAAUUUCACCAUGCAACCGUACAAGCGAUAUUGCGAGAUUCAGAAUUUAAUGCCGCUUACAGAAUACAAGUUAUUGCUAGUAAUAAGCAAUUUUUACACUGAUCAGUUAUCGAUGGACCCGUUAUUCCGUUCGGAAGUGAUACUAAGAACUAAACCGAGCAAACUCGACGCACCGGAAAAUGUGACAGUUCAGGCUCUUACGCCUACUUUAGCGGCAGUUUAUUGGAUGCCAUCCAAAAAUCUAAACUGCGUUCCCGUGAUCUACGAAGUAUACUGGGCGUUCAUUAUCAAUAGUACGCGACAAAUAAACGAGUUACCUAUCAAUAAGACCGAACAUAAGGUAGGCAGCAAAUUUUUCACGAUAAUCGAACCGUUGAUACCAGGACAGAAAUAUAGGGUAUUCGUACGUAUAUAUCCAGCCAACUUCAGCGAUCAUUAUAAUGACAGUUUGAGCAAAACCUUGUACAUGUAUUCGGAACCAAACAAUAUAACUUUAAGCGAGGUUAGCAUAAACGGUAUGAAUAUCUCGUGGAUUCCUAGCGUUAAUAUGGUUCAUUACUUAUUGGAAUAUAAAAAUGUUGAGAUGCAAGAGUGGCAAAUUAAAAACAACUUUGAACCAAAUAAUGGGGGAAAAGUAAUGUACUAUAUAAAAAACUUACUACCAGGAACUAUAUACGAGUUUCGUUUGAUAUUGAAAUACCCCAAGUACGAGAAAAAUUUUAUAUGGCCGUCUGAUAAAAGAUUUACUUUUUCAACACUGACAAGUAAGCCAAUGAAGAUAUUAUAA